AUGGAAGAGGAAAAUGAGACUGCAUUGACUGAGUUUAUUAUCAUUGGGUACUCUGGCCGGCCAAAGACGAGAAUAGUACUAAUUGUCUUCAUGAUUGUUGUAUAUUCUGUAACAGUAGUAGCAAAUGGUAUUAUCAUCUUGGUGACUGCAGCUGAUCCCCAGCUCCACAACCCCAUGUAUUUUUUUCUCAGUAACCUCUCCUUCCUCGACAUUGGCUAUUCAACAUCAUCAGUACCACAGUGCAUUGCAAACCUUCUGAUGGACAAGUCCACCAUGUCCUUUGCAAUGUGUUACUUCCAGAUGACCACUAGUGUCUCCUUAGGGGUAACUGAAUGUUUCCUCUUGGCUGUCAUGGCUUAUGACCGGUAUAUAGCAAUUUCUAGCCCACUGCAUUACAUGCUAAUCAUGAGCAAGAAAUUUUGCAUCCAAUUAGCAGCUGGGACAUGGACAAGUGGCUUAUUUUUAGGAAUAGUUCCCAUUUAUGCUUUGCCAGCUCAUUUUUGUGGGGAAAAUAUGAUUGACCAUAUAGCGUGUGAACUCAAAGCAGUUAUGAAGCUUGUUUGCUCAGACACCUCCUUGAGCCAACUGGUUAUGUUCUUCAGUGGAGGUCUCACCUUGCUUGCUCCUUUUGCCUUCAUCCUCUUCUCAUAUCUGCGCAUAAUUGUGGCAAUUCUAAGAAUCCAUUCCACAGGUGGCAGGCUCAAGGCUUUCUCCACAUGUGCCUCUCACUUGACUGUGGUAACAAUUUUCUAUGGAACAGCAAUAUUCUCAUAUCUCCAGCCACAAACUAAGAGCACCCAAGAGCUGGACAAGGCAAUUUCACUCUUCUAUGGAAUAAUGACUCCCAUGCUAAACCCACUAAUCUACACUCUGAGAAAUCAGGAAGUGAUAGGGGCAUUGAGAAGACUUGUGGGGAAAGUAAAAUAA